AUGCAGCGGGAUGAUGGCUUUGCCCUUGGGAGCGCCUGGCUGGAGGAAGCUCGCGUGGUCCUCCUCAUCUUUCUUCUGGUAUGUGAUUCGGUAGGACUGGAACUGGAAUGGCUUCAGGCCUCCGAUGCGAUGGAUGACGUCGGCAAAGAAGUUGAGUUCGGUGAAUUGGUUACCGGAGUGAACACCCACGACGGUCACAUCUUUGACGGAGGGGAGACGAUCUGGCCGGUCGGUAUCCAGCAUCGUCUCGGGAGCUGGCAGGAGACGGGGAAAGCCGGCAAGAGGGGAGGCGGUGAUACUUUGUGCAUGCUUUUCGAUUGA